CUUGUCCAACCCAACAACAUCCAGCCGAACCUGAUGGGGCCAUCGUACCUGUCCAUACGCGUGUAGUCAGGCGGCUUCCACGACAGACAUCUCCACACGACGUGCGCGACGCCAGCGAGCAGUGAGUGUACCGACGAUGUGUCUUCUAAAGUGGUGGGUCUGGUGUCUCUUGCUGAUCACUGCCGCGCCUUUCGUCGAGGCACGAGCCAGCAGCGCACAGGAUGGCUUGCAAAUAGCUCGACAUCGUCGCCAUCGGUCAGAACACUCGGCACCUCGGACUUCCGAUAAGGACAACGUUGAAGACGAAGAUGACACCACUCCGACGCUUAUGCGCAAACGCAGGCCCAAACGCACGGUCCCGCAUACGACAGCGUUGUCCCCACUUGCCGUUCCUUCCAUUCUCACGCGAACGCAGGAAAAAGUCCUCAAGAAGCGCAUGAAGCGUCAAGUGGAGACCUUGGCGAAAACUCCAACCCAUGGAUUAAAACAUAAAUCCUCCGCCCUCGAGCUCAGCACCUACUCUACACCUGACCAAGUUCGGUACGAUACCGCCGCGACGGAACGCUAUGGCAUUUGUGCCACCACACUGCACCUCACAGCGUGCGUCGAGCGGGUUUCAAGGAACACUGUGAGCUGCAUGACACAGUUCGUACCGGCGACGUCGCCUCCGCAAUGCGACGUUUCAUUCCUCCGCGAGAAGCAGCCGUCCGCUGUCCACAACGACAAGUUUUACGCCGUGGCUGGUCAUGGAAAGAUCCCCCCCGGCAUUGUGAUUCAAGAUAUAUCGGAGACCCUGACAGUGCACAGCCUUCCUCCCACCCACCACUUGGAUUUCUCCAACCUCAAGGCGCUUGUGAUGGAGAAUAUCACGAUUCCAGAGGGCGUCCACACCCUGUACGCCGCCGCAUCGUCAUCUCACCAUGGCAUACAACGGUGUUUGAACGGUGGGCGGUCUAGGCGCCUGGCAAACGCGUCCUUGAAGGGGUACCCGACCAACCACUUCCGAAACGUCACACUGGCGGCAUCCAUGCGGCGCGUGUAUGCCAUUCCCUCACGACGUUCUCAGUGAUAGCAACUGUCUCGACAGGGCCCUUCGACACAACUUGAUGACGUCGUUCGACCCGUCCGACUGGGCCAGGUUCCCCCUCGUGGAUCUAUUCCUCGAAAACAAUCUCCUCCGCUCGUUUGUCAAUGCCACGUUCCCGCCAACGAUCUCGACGUUGUACGACAGAGUGAACUUGCGGAAUAAUGUGUUGGAAUCCUUUUUGAACACGACAUUCCCCGUGGCACUGGCGGUCUUACGACUGGAGGGCAAUAAUUUGGCAACUGUCGAAGCGCUUCCCGUGCGACACCUGACGCAACUCAAACGAUUAGAGCUGCGAUCGAAUCCUCGGAUCACGGCGCUGACCAAAGCCAGUGGCGACGCCUUGCCUGCAAACCUCACGUCGUUAGACUUUACCCUGUGCAACAUUCGCCACAUCGACGCCGACUUUAUGCUGCCGCCAGCGCUGACGACACUCAAACUCCGAAACAACAAACUGUCGUCGAUUUUAAACUUGACGCUGCCGGCGACCCUCCAAACACUCACGCUGGAAGGCAAUGUGCUCACCGACGCGCGAAUCACCCAACGCAACUUUGACAUUUUGGUCAAGUGCACCCGCGUCUCGGCGACGGUGCCCGCGCCAGAGUGCAAGGGGAGCGAAGUCCAACGGAUGACCCCGUUCAAAUUUGAACUGUGCGUUCUUCCUGACACUGCUCAAGUCCUUGCGGCGCCACUUCCCAAAAAAUCGUUCGUGACAAGUAUACUGCCCAUCCUCGGCAGUGCCUUAGGCGGCACUGUCCUUCUCACGGCGAUUUUUGUGUUCCGCUUUCGGCGUCGCGCCAAUUGCAGGCCGAAAGCAAUGAACCAGACGUUGCACGACUGCCCACUUGAGCGCACGGCCGCCGAUGGCAGCACAAGCCCCGAAAAUGACGAGCAUGGAUCGUCUCCGUCGUCAUCUGCCUACUCGGAAGGAGAAGAAAGAGUCGGAAGCGACCGUAGUGGAAAUCUGUGCCCUCGGUUACACCUCCAGCGAUGCUCGGACGCACGUUGUCCAUCCAUUCUGCAAACGAAUCAAUGGACGGCGUGGGCGAUUCCUCCAGAAGCCUUGAACGACAUCCACACACUCGCAGGACGGGUUCGCAUUGCAGUGUGUUCGAACCAACGGGUGGCUCUCGUGUCUUUGCGAGACACCACGUCAAACACCACUCGCGACUUGAAUCGACUCUUCAAAGCUCUGGCAGCCACUCAAGACCAUCCCCAUCCGUCGGUGAUGGCAUGCUAUGGCAUCACGUGGAAGCCAGACGCGAUCGAGUCGCUCGCACUUGUCACAGAGUUCAUGGCUGGCGGUUCGUUGUUUGACGCGAUAGCCGAGGAGUCUAUCGGGGACUCUAUGAAGUUGCCAAUGGCGAAUGCAGUGGCCCAAGCACUUGCACACAUUCACGACAACUGCCACGAAUCCGUAGGCCACCUUUCCGCCAACUGCAUCUUGCUGGAUGGAAGAGGUCGAGCGAAGCUAAACCUUCCUCGAUGCAUGAUGGGCCCCUCCAUCACGAGUACUCAACAAGGGGUUUGGGUCCCUCCCGAAGGCUCUGGCACGUCGAUGGCGGCAGACGUGUAUAGUUUUGGUGUGCUCCUCGCCGUACUCGACCGAGGUGUCAUUCCCGACAACUCUGUUCCAGUCCGCGACUUGUUUGCCCCGACAUGUCUACCUCAUGUGCGCGCACUUGGGUUGGCAUGCAUGGACGUACAACCACAGCGACGACCAACCAUGGCUGUUGUGGUCUCGCAGCUCAACUUGUGGACAACCGACGCGUCAAUGUUGUCCACCUCGGAGUUUGUAUCGACCGUCUCCACCAACCGGACUUUUCACUAGCAUUGCCGCCGAACGCGGCGUUAAUCUCUAUUUAGUUCGCAUCAUCUUCGUC